GGGAAGAUGCCAUCAAAUCAGUUUCUUAGGAACAAGAAGCAGGUGUUUGUAAAGCUGAAACUUAUCAAUGGCUCAGAAGAACUAACAUCUGUUGUCAUUUAUGAGGAUCAAACCUCAGACGAUAUCCGUAAGAUCUUCAUGCUCAAGUGUGACAUAACAGAUUUCCGACUCAUCCUAAAACUGCGCAACAAAAGAGGCUCAGUCGUGCCGUUGUCUUACCAAUCAUUUGAAGCCAGUAGCCGAGAGGAACCAUUCACCCUUGAGGCUGUACAGCCCCACGCCACUGUUCCCUUGACUUCCAGAUCUGUCAACAAUGAUGCAACUUACUCGAUCGAGGACAGAGUUCGCGGUAUAUCUGAUAGAGUUGCUUUGUUGGAGAAGGCAAUCGUGGAACUGCCAGAACGAAGAAGAGAAAAGAUCAAUGAUGAUCUAGUUCAGAUCAGUGGUCAGGUAUCAUUCCUGCUUCAAAAGAUGGAUAAAACAACCAGCUCUCACUGGAAAGGGAUGUUCCAGAAGAACCCGCUCUGGUGAUUUAACUCUCUCCUGCAUCCUCCAGUAGUGUUGUCAUGGUAACAGUACUAUUGUCAUGGUAACAUACCAACGUCCUUAUAAUAAUGAUUUACCUGUUAUUCUGCUGACACUAUGGAAACCACUAAGAAUAGCUUUUUCUUAUUAUCACGGUUAUUAAGUUACUGCCUGCUUCAAAGUCAGAAAUUUCCAACUCUUUCUAAAAAAUGUUCGUGUUAUCAGCUGCAGAUUAGUGUUGAGUUAUAUAGCUGAUGAUUAGACUGUGACAAGCAAAAAUUAAAAUAACUGAUAGUUUAUUAAUUACAAGUCUAUUUACCUAUUAAAAGUACAGUUUACAUUUCAACUGACAUGUUUCAUUAUCUCUCCUUGAGUAUUGAAAUCUAUUUAUUCUAUUUAAAGCUCCAUAAUUUCCAUUGACCUUAUUGAUUAUUGAAUAAAAUCUAUUAAAAACGUGUGUACAUGUAUAAACUUUUAUGAUGUAAAUAAAUAUUGACUGUUUUAUGUGAUUAUAUAUAUUAUCGCUAAUUUUCUAAUGAGGCUAUAUUUUAAUCCUCAUAUUGUUACCUUAGCUUAGGGUUUGUUCAUAUAUUUUGUAAGCCAUUUUGGCCUUUUAAGAUCCUUCCUCUUUACAUACAGCUAUUGUGUAGAAAUAACACGAAUGUAAGCUUUUCCCCCUUCCCCUUACGCUUGUUUUACAUCUUUCUUCACAUCUAUAUCUAUAUCUAGAAUGUUCAAUGAUAUCCGAUUGCCUUGAAAA